GUAAACUUCGAAGAAGGUCAGCCACCUAAAAUUUGCCCAAUCUAUUUUACAGAGUUAACGCUGAAAGUCCAGAGAGCGUUAGCUUCCAUGCUCGCUAUUUUGACGAAUUUCCAUAAAAAAAUAUCCUGACUGUGAAAAAUCUCCUACUCUUCCCUCAGUCUCUCCCCUCCACCAAUCGGUCACCGCAAAGCCUCCGCCACCUCGCCGUCGCCUCGCCGUCGCCGUCGACGUCGACUUCGACGUUGUAUCCCCUUCCCGUGCCGUCACCCCUCGUCGUAGAGCCUCCGGCCAUCGCCUGCGCCGAUCGUUUCUCGUCCCUCUCGGCCAAGCCACCGUCUCUGUCCGCGACUCUCUCCUCGAGGCAGCGGACGAGGCCGGAUCUGGGCUUGGCGAGAUUGGAAUUUGGAAGCGAUGGUCCCCCACUCCCCACUCAUUGCUUGAAGGAAGGCCGCAGGUAACUUCCUGGCAAACGCAGCGAAAGUGAGAGAUCUCUCUCCGUUGCUUUAUCAAGUCGCUACAAGGAUCAGACUCGGACUUCCCAAGUCACCGGACAGGCCCAAUUCGGAGAUCCAUCUCUGCAUCGUCCUUCCAGAAUGAAGAGAAAGAGGGAGGAAAAAGAGACGGAGACGGCAGCUUCAACAAGCAGUAGCCGAGAUGACGGAUCGGGGAGUAGCUACGAGGUGUUCCUGAGUUUCAGAGGGCCCGACACCCGCUUAACCAUGGCUGAUUGUCUCUACAAUGACCUGAUCCGUGCGGGGAUCCGUGCUUUCAAAGACAACGAAGAGCUCCGAUUUGGUGAAGAGAUUAAAGGUGGUCUCUUGCAAGCGAUCAAUGACUCCAGAAUUUACAUCCCGAUUUUCUCCAAGGACUACGCUUCAAGUAAGUGGUGCCUCCGUGAACUGGCACGCAUAGUGGAGCUAUCGAGAGCUAACGAUGAGAAAGUGAUCCUCCCUAUAUUUUACAACGUGGACGUGGAUGAUGUCAAGCUUAAGACUAAGUUAUAUCGGAAAGCCCUUCAGAAGCACAAGAGCGACUAUGGGAAGGAUUUAGUAAAGAAGUGGAAGAAGGCCUUAAGAGAGGUUACUAGAAUUAGUGGAAGGAAGCUAAAAGAUCACGGCCUAGAUGAACUCAAGAAUCUCACUGUCAAAGAGGUUUCUAGUUUGUUAUGGACAAGGACAGAUGUGCCUGAUAAUUUGGUGGGAAUUAAGGAUCGGUCGAGAUAAGAUCAUGAAGCUAUUAGAUCUAGAAGCUUUUGAUGUACAGUUCAUCGUGAUUCAUGGUAUGGGUGGCAUCGGAAAGACAACAUUGGCUGAGACUGUCUUUAGACAAAUCUCCUCUCAAUUUCAUGGUAAUUGUUCCUUUCUUAAAGAUGUCCGGAUUCAUGAUAUAAUAGACUUACAAAAGAAAUUGUUGUUCGACAUUCUCAAUUUGAGUUGCACAAACCUCUCCUUCAUUGAUGACAUGAUCAAGACAAGAUUUCGCGACAAGAAAGUUCUCAUUAUUCUUGAUGACAUUGAUAAACGAGACCAAAUCAUGAGACUUGCAGGCGAGCCCAACUGGUUUGGUGGGGGUAGUAGAAUCAUCAUAACGACAAGGAAUAUUGAAUUCCUAGUAAACGAAGGUGAGGAUGACAAUGUCCCAGCUUCUAAUAGCAGACAAUUUUCAUUCUACGAUAUGCCAGAGAUGAAUUCACAUGAUGCUCUUCAACUUUUCUGUGAGCGUGCCUUGGGAUGUGCCAAGCCUCCAACUAAGUACAUGGACAUUACAAAUAAGCUAAUCAAGGCACUUGGAAGACUUCCGUUGGCUCUCAAUGUCGUAGGUUCCACACUUCGCGGAAAAUGCCAAGAUAGAUGGGAAAACGUCCUAUCUAAGUUGAAUGAGGUGAUGAAUGAGGAUGUCAAGAAGAAGUUGAUGAUAAGCUACGAAGCAUUGGAACCUAACCAGCAACAAAUUUAUCUUGAUAUCGCAUGUUUCUUCAUUAACAAAAAGAAAACGAUUGCAAUUAAAUAUUGGGACGCAGUCCUUGGGUAUUCCGCCGAAAUCGAAGUGAAGAUCCUCAUAUGUAUGUCUCUAAUAAAGAUCAAGGACAAUGAUGAUUUAUGGAUGCACGAUCAGCUUAGAGACCUCGGAAGGGGUAUCGUCCACUCGGAAAGCUGCAACAUACAUCAAAGGGGUAGCAGAUUGUGGUCACCCAAGGAUGCCUUCCAUAUAGUGCAGAGAAAGAAGGGAACAGAGAACAUAAUAGGGCUUAAUCUUGGCACACCCAAACUGAUGCAACGUACAUAUUUAAAUGUAAGGAAUUUGCGAGGUUGGUCAACCUUAGGUUCCUUCAAUUGGACCAUGGAAACUUCAAAGGAAACUUUAAAGAUCUUUUCUCAGAGUUAAGAUGGCUCUCUUGGAGCAAUUGCCCUUCAGAAUUCCAAGCUACUAACUUUGGGUUAAAGAACCUAACGGUUGUCAUGCUUUCUGGGAAUAACAUUACUAAAGAUUGGGAAGGAUGGCGUCAAAUCAUGGUGGCAGAACAGUUGAAAGUCUUGCAACUCGAGGAUUGUCCAUCCCUUAGAAAGACGCCCAAGUUCUACGCCAUCUCGCAACUGGAGAGAUUGAUUCUUAGAUGCUCUCAACUAAGAAAGAUUGACAAGUCUGUCGGCAAUUUGCAACAUCUUGAUUACCUAGAAAUAAUGUGUGAAGCAAUUAAGUCACUACCAGAGUCCAUCGGCGAUCUAAAAUCUUUGACAGAGCUAAGAAUAUUGUCUCAUAGAAUCUCAAUUUUGCCUCCCUCGAUUGGUAAUUUAAAGGAUUUGAAGCAUCUAAUCUUGGAAUGCAGGGAACUUCAAAAGCUUCCCAACUCUAUUGGAAAAUUGGAUUCACUACUUGAGCUAGAUGUCAACGGGUCAAAUAUCAGUCAAUUACCUCGUUCUAUUGGAAAGUUUGAAAGGUUGAAAGUUUUAUGUGUCUCAAAUUGCGGCCUAGAAAAGCUACCACGCUCAAUUGGGAGGCUCCAGUCAUUGGUCAAGUUGGAUUUGAGCUCAUCACAUAUUAGGAUCUUACCUAAAUGUAUUGGAAACUUAAAAAUGUUGAAGGUACUAAAUCUAGAAAAUAGCCGCCGCAUAAGUGAAAUUCCAAAAACCAUAGGAAUGUUGAAAAAUCUGGAAGAGUUACGUGCCCCAUAUGGAGAUCUGGAAAGGGAAAUUCCAAGUGAAAUCGGGGCACUAUCCUCAUUGAAAAUUCUAGACUUAAGAGAUGGCCGCUUUAGGGGAUUGCCGACAACCAUCAAUCAACUUACAAAUCUCCAAAGACUUCGGUUACAGGGGUGCGAUUCAAUUCAACAGUUGCCGGAGCUUCCCAAGAGUCUAACGCAUUUAGCCUUUUCACCGGUUUCGCUGACUGCGAUCCCCGAUUGCUCAAACUUAACCAAUUUAGUUGACCUUUGGAUAGUCGGAGAAUCAAUGCAAAAACCUAACAUAGAGGGGAUUUUGAGAUUACCUGCUUUGAGGAAAAUGACCUUGUUAGUUGGAAAAAUGGCCUUGCCUCCAACCGAUUUCAGUUCACUCUCUCAGCUACAACGUCUCAAGAUAAGUUGUGUUGAGCCCCAAUUUCUUAUUGGGCUCCCAUCCAGCCUUCAAUGGUUGAGUUUGACUGAUGUCCGGUCACCGAUAGAUUGGUUAGUCUUUUCCAACUUGGAGAAUUUGUCAAGGCUGCUUCUUUGUGGAUAUUCGUUGAGAGAGCUUCGAUUUGAGGCACUUGGAGAGCUACGGAAAUUAAAGCACUUGUAUAUGGUCGACUGUCUAUGGCUCAAGACGUUAACCCUUCCACCUGGUUUGAAGGAGAUCCGACAUUUGUUCCUGCACAAAUUGCCUCUGCUAACUGAUAUUCAGGGUUUGGGAGAAUUGAAAUCAUUGCAGGAUUUGUAUAUUAUGACAUGCAAUUCCAUCAAAAGCUUAAACGAAUCCGAUCUGUCUAAUCUACAGAAUCUAAAAAGUUUGUACUUAUCUGUGUGUGACUCACUAGAGAGCGUGUUGGGUGUGCCAAAAUCUUGUAAACUCAUCGUCAUUGGGUGCCCGAAGCUCAACAGAGAUGGAUAAGAUCAACAAUGUAGUGAAGGGAGCUUAUGGUCAGAAUCUGUAGAAUUUCAAUGAGAUGAUGGGAUUUCCUGAGAUUGUGGGGUUUAACUACCUACCAUUGUUUCCCUGAUGCAUUCUUCUCCUCUAAGGCCAAUGUCAAAUGUUCUUUUACAUGGACGUACAACCUUUGGCAAGACACAUUGUUGGUGCAGCAACAGCAGUUUGUUUUCUUCAAUCCAUGUCAGUGAAAGGGCUGAGAUGUUGGAUAAGUACAUUGAAACUUCUGAGCAAGCUACACUGCUUGCUAAUUUUGAAGUCUCUGAAGGCAUAUAUUUAAGAGCUCACAUCGAACAUACUGAUUCAAUUUGUUUAUGGCUGGGAGCAAAUGUUAUGUUGGAGUAUUUGUGCGAAGAGGCCACAACUCUUCUACAAAAUAACCUAGAAAAUGCUAAAUCAAGUUUAGAAGUUCUUGUUGCUGAUCUAAACUUCUUAAGGGACCAAGUGACAAUCAUACAGGCACUGCUUGCUGAUUUUGAAGUCUCUGAAGGCAUAUAUUCAAGAGCUCACAUCGAACAUACUGAUUCGAUUUGUUUAUGGCUGGGAGCAAAUGUUAUGUUGGAGUAUUCAUGUGAAGAGGCCACAACUCUUCUACAAAAGAACCUAGAAGCAAGUUUAGAAGUUCUUGUUGCUGAUCUACAAUUCUUAAGGGACCAAGUAACGAUCACGCAGGCUUGAGGCUAUAUAUUGGGGAGGCAUGUUAACGACAACCUGGAGGGUAGUAAUAUCGCACUUAUGUGAACUAGAAAAAAAUUGAAGGUUGUUGUAGGACCGUAUUCUUUAGUUUUGCAGCUUGAAUCAAGGUAGCACAAUGUGUACUUCUGGAGACUUUGUUCUCCCCAUUUCGACUAGAUGAAUGAAUUAUGUGUUGCUCUGUGAUCGCAAGCGUUAGAUGACAAGUGAUUUCGGUUAGGUUUAGUGAGAUUUACUGCAUUAAAACGAGCUUGCCAAGUAAAACGAUUUUGAUUGAGAACCUCUUGGGCUUGAGUUUUCACUUUUUAUGUUGUGCGCUAGUUUUGAAAUGAUAUAUGGUCUAUCUGUUUUGUCUUGUUUCCGCUUGGUCAUACGUGUUAGAAAGAACUAAUCUAAAUUUGAAUUCGGGGAAAAACAUGGAGAGAUGUCUUUUUUGCUCGAUGAGGCAUUUACUUUCUUGAAUUCUUAUUUGUUGUGCUGAUGAUAUGUAUUUUUCUUUUUCCUUUGCUGAUUUUAGUUGGGUCUGGGAAUUUGAUGAUUUUGACUCCUGGAUGAAUUAAAUUAGGCAAAUGCAACAACCUGGGUUGCUCCCCUUUGUACAAUCUUUGUUUCCCGUAGUUCCAGAGAUAUAAGUUGGAUUAUCUGAUGCUGCACAAUCAAAGAUCACUAUCAACUUUACUUCACGUCUGAUGUGAAUGGUUGUAGUUGCAAUUUUCAAGUAUCCCAUACUUGAAGUUCUGAUUCUCCAGCAAUAAUUAUUAGCUUUCUUCAUCUAUUUAUGAAGAUUCCUGGAAUGCAGUCAACUAUUCAUGCUGAAAUGUCUUUAGGUGUAAAGGCGGGGAUCUAUAUGAGCAACUUAAAGUUGUUUGCUGGGCAAACAUUUUCAGGCUAACAGUCCUAUUCCGCUUAGGCAUUCAAUGGCUUAAUGUACAGAGUAUUAACCAUAGCUUUUGUUUGCUGAAGUACUCAUUCUCAGUAUUCAUAAUUAGGUUAAUCAAAGUACAUAAUUUGUCUCAUAGAUCUUGGUAAGUCAGUCAAGUAGUAGACAUUUGGGAGACUGAAACUUAGAAGGUCCAUGACUUCCUCUAUAUUAAUGAGUGUGCUUGUCACAUACUUCAUGCUAUUUGAUCGCUUAAUUCACUUUAUCUUGCAAGAUGAGGAAUUCAUUAUUUUGUUAGAAAAAGAAGUUGCUCCUCAUACUCAACAUGUGCGAGGAUCCUAUUAUUGUUUUAUGAGUGUCUUUCCUGAUUGAGUAUCUGGAUGAGCAAUACUAAUCUAUGUGUAGGUUCUUAAGUGUCUGUUUUCCAUUAAGUGCUGGACUUUCUGUGUAACGUCAAAGUCAUCCUUUGAUGAUAAGCUGUCUAAACCUCUUUUAGCAGAUUGACAAUAUAGUGAAGGGAGCCUAUGGUCAGGCUCUACAGUGGGAUUACCUGAGAUUGUGGGGCUUAACUACCUACCAUUGUUUCCCUGAUGCAUUCUUGUCAGUGAGCUAAAUUAUGCAUGGAUUUUGUUCAAGAAAGCUUGUAUAACUGCAUUGGUUGUGUCUCAGCUGUAGCUGUUGUUUAUUCUUUCUGGUGGCUUAUUACACCUUUCCUCAUCUUGCUCUCUCUCUCUCUCACUUUGCUAAGAUGUGGUCAUUGUUAACGUGUUAAAUAAACCUAUUUCAUCUUCGUGUCUAUCAUUCUUAUAUUUGCUGAUAAAAUGUUCUUCGGCAAGCUCCUCUAAGGCCAUGGUCGAAUUUUCUUUUAAAUGGACAUCUAGGCUUUGGCAAGUCACACAUUGUUGGUGCUGCAGCAGCAGCUUGUUCUCUUCAAUCCAUAUCAGUGAAAGGCUGAGCUGUUGAAUUAAUACAUUGGUACUGCUGAGCAAGUUAUAAGAGGCUUCUUUUCAACUACACUGAUGCUGAUUGAAUUCCAUUGUGCAAUCUUGCAUUAUACUUUGUUAUUUCCGAACAUUUCACAUUUUGUGCUUUCUUUUGUUGCUUUUGCAUGCAUUUAAUAGAGUCUCUUCAGGUAUGCUAGCAGUCAAAAUAGGAUAACUAGUAGCAGCAAUGAGGAUCCUCCCAUAACCACUAAAGAGGCCAAGUUAAAACGGUUGAUGAGUUUCUAAUGCAUGAAUGAGAGAAUCGUCUAUGGCCAUUUGAUUAAGAGAAAGAUUAAAGAAGUAAAAUAUUUGAAGAUUUUCUCUAAUAAAAAUUUGGAAUUGGUGAUCAAAUGUCUACUGGAUUUCCUAUUUUGCACAUUGAUGGCAUUGAUUUUGUCAGCAAAAGGGAGAAAUUUGGAAUAUUUGAGAGUAACGGCAGUUAAAAAAUACAGGUUCUGGAUAUAUUCUCUAAGGCAGCAGCUGCAGUUCCUUGCCUUCACUUUUUCGAUGAAAUUAACCCCAUUGCUCCAAAGAGGGAUAAUAAGGGGUUCACUGACCAUGUCAUCAAUCAAGUCAGUUUCU